UGAAGCGCUGCCCCUUUCCCAGAUAACACACACACACCUCAGUGCACCUGUCGAGUGCACACCGACUGCAGUGUGUAUGUAUCAACGACUGAAACUGUGAACUGAAGCUUUGCCGACUGACUGCACUGGUUUUCUGGACGAGAUCCUCCGACAGAGUAUGGCCUCUACGAUUAGCCUCCUGCCAGAGAAGCACUUCUUGUGCUCUCUGUGUAGAGACAUCUUCACCAGUCCGGUCACCAUACCAUGUGGACACAGCUUCUGCUUGUCCUGUCUCUGCCGGUACUGGGGACGACACCAGUCCAAAUACUGCCCCCACUGUAAGAGAGUGUUUGCUGACAAGCCUGACCUCAGCGUCAACCGCAUCCUGGCAGACGUCUCAGACAACUACAGGAAGAAUCGACCGCAGAAACCACCUGACGAGGAAAUGGUCAUAGAUGUUGAGCAAAUGAUUCAGGAAAGGCUGCAGAAGAAAGAAAGGUUGAAAUAUUCCCUUGAGCUCCAAAAGAGCUCCUACCUCAGGGAGGUGCGAGAGAGCCAGAAGGUUUUCUCCACCCUCGUCAACGCCAUGGAGAAGAGUCACAAAGCGGUCGUUGCGGCAAUCGAGGAGCGACAGAGAGCUGAGGAGAGGAGACUGGAGGCACUGAUGGAGGAGCUGGACCAGGAGAUCCAGGCGCUGAGGAAGGAGACCACCGAGUCUGAUCCUCAGAUUCAUGUAAACAGUGAUCAGACCGACGAUAUGAAGCAGGUCACCGUGGACAUUGUUUCCACGACGUGCCCCUCCGAGAUGAAGGACUGGUCCAAGGUCACCAUAGAAACUGACCCCUGUGUCGGGGUCGCCAGGCGAGCGCUGUCAGACAUGAUGGAGAAGAUAAAGGUGGAAGUUAACAGGCUCUCCAAGUCUGAACUAAAGAGAAUCGAGAAAUACACGGUGGAUGUCAACCUGAGUGCUAAGACAGCCCACCCCUACCUCUCCAUCUCAGAUGACAGAAAACAGGUGAGGCACACGGACAAGCUCCAGGAGGUACCUGAUCACCCGAAGCGGUUCGACCGCGUGGCGAACGUGCUGGCCAAGGAAGGCUUCAGCUGCGGGAGGUGCUACUGGGAGGUGGAGGUCGGGGAGAAGAUUGAGUGGAGCCUGGGUGUCGUCAGACAGUCUAUAAACAGGAAGGGCAGGUUUACUGUCUGCCCUGCGAACGGUUUCUGGACUUUGAGCCUGAAGGCUGGAGGGCAGUACACUGCCAACACCUCUCCUGUCACCCUGUUGGCUCUGGAGCAGAGACCCAGGAGGGUGGGCGUGUUUGUGGACUACCCAGAGGGCCGUGUGUCCUUCUACUGCGCAGAAUCUGGAGUCCACAUUUACACCUUCACAGAUACAUUCACUGACAGGCUCAAUCCAUUUUUCAGUCCUGGUCGACUGCAUGGCGGCAGAAACGCUGCUCCCCUACUCGUCUCCUCUAGUUUCUGCAGCAUCUGAACAUCAUUUAUCAUCAUUUUACAACAUAAUUUAUACAUC